CCGCGAGUCAGCGUAAUGCGUUGGAAAACAGUGCUCACCGUCUUCCUGCUGGUGGUGCUUUACCUCAUUAUGGGGGCCACUGUCUUCAAAGCCCUGGAGCAGCCGCAUGAGAGCUCACAGAAACUCGCCAUCCUCAGUCAGAAGCUCCAGUUUCUCAUCGACCAUCCGUGUGUUAAUUCCACUGAACUAGAGGAGCUAGUGAAGCAAGUGACAUCAGUCAUACGAGCGGGGGUCAACCCUUCAGGAAAUUCAUCCAAUCAGAUGAGUUUAUGGGAUCUGAGCAGCUCCUUCUUCUUCGCCGGGACUGUUAUUACUACAAUAGGUUUUGGAAACAUUUCCCCUCACACAGAAGGAGGCCGGAUAUUCUGCAUAGUCUAUGCUCUUUUGGGAAUCCCUCUGUUCGGCUUCCUUUUGGCAGGCGUUGGAGAUCAGUUGGGAACCAUAUUCGGAAAGGGCAUUGCCAAAGUGGAGAAGAUGAUUGUGAAAUGGAACGUGAGUCAGACAAAGAUCCGAGUGAUCUCCACAGUGCUCUUCAUCCUGUUUGGCUGCCUCCUAUUUGUCACAUUGCCAGCCAUCAUCUUCAAGCACAUUGAGGGCUGGAGCGCUCUCGAGUCAAUCUACUUUGUCGUAAUCACCUUGACGACCAUCGGCUUUGGUGACUUUGUGGCAGGUGGCACUGAGAUGGAAUACCUGGACUACUAUAAGCCAGUGGUGUGGUUCUGGAUUCUGGUGGGACUGGCGUACUUCGCUGCAGUGCUUAGCAUGAUCAGUGAUUGGUUCCGCGUCAUUUCAAAGAAAACAAAAGAAGAGGUGGGUGAGUUCCGAGCACAUGCUGCAGAGUGGACGGCCAACGUUUCUGCCGAGUUCAAGGAGACACGUCGCAGACUGAGCGUUGACAUCUACGACAGGUUUCAGCGUGCAACAUCUGUCAAGCGCAAGCUUUCGGCUGAGCUGGGCCUCAAUAAUGCACCGAUUAGCCAGGAGAUGACACUAGGCAGGCGGGCACUCUCGGUCAACCUGUGCGACGAAAGAGAGACAUACCCAGCUUUAACAGUGACUCGCAAUGGCAGCCUUUUUCUGAACGGUCUCAGUCCGGAUUAUGCCAACCGACGUGAUAUUGCUGUGAUAGAACACCUGAAAUGA